ACAAACAUAAGCUCUGUAAUUAAAUAUGGCGGCGUAAUUAAUUAUGGUGAAAUGUUAGUAAAUAAGGUAGUGUAGUUGUAGACAUUUUUACCGUAAAUGAAUAUGACGUCGACCUUCAGACCUGGUACUGCUGCUGAACCUACUAGUGAAGUAGAACUUACAUUGUCAUGCAGGGGACUACAGUGCAAAGACUUACUGUCCAAAUCGGAUCCAAUGUGUGUUACAUAUAUCCAGCCUUUUGGUGAGUCGUCAUGGGUGGAAUUUCAUCGUACAGAAGUUAUUCAUAACACCCACGAUCCAGAUUUUGCAUCGAAAGUGCAGAUAUCAUACCGAUUUGAAGAACGGCAGUCCCUGAAGUUUGAAGUUUACGAUAUAGAUUCACCUAACCAAAGUCUGGAAGAGCACGAUUUUUUGGGCGUAGCAACAUGCAGCCUUGGACAAAUAAUAUCAAGUGGAAAGGUUCAUGUCCCAUUGUCACAGAGAGGACUUGGAGCCAGAGGAGAUCAACAGGGUCACAUGAUAAUUAUUGCUGAGGAGUUGGUAGCAUUGAAAGAUGAAGUCAUCAUGCAGUUUAGUGGCACAAAGUUGGAUAAGAAGAAAUUUAUUUUUUGGAAGUCAGACCCAUUUUUGGUGUUCCACAAGUCAUUGGAAUCUGGUGAUUAUGCUGUAGUGCACAAAAC